AUUGAACAGUUGUCAGAUUGGUUGAUUGUUUCUUAUGUAUAUGUACCAAAAUAUUAAUUAUUACAGGUUGUUUUUAGCCAAAAGAAUAAAGCCAUAUGUAAUGUAUGUUGGCUGUUUUUGAGCGAUUUGUAGUGCAGAUGUAUGCUGACCGAGAAAGUAGGAUACAAGAUGAUACCCUCAUACUUAAUGGAAUGGAAAACCGGACUGAGAAAACGGAACAAAAUAAACAUCUCUUGGUUGUGUAUAGAGACCUUCGAUUACAGUGCAUCACAGCACUUCAGAAUCUGAAUGAUCAAAUAACAAUGUGGUGGGAAGAGUGUGAGAAACAUCCAAACUUAAUACAAGAACUGAAUAAUCAGUCUUUGGAAAUACAGAAAAUAAGAGAAGCUGUGCAUGUGGAUAAAACAUUAUUGUCACAAUAUGACCAUAAAGCAAAGACACUUUUAAGGGACUACAUAGGACUGAUGCAUAAAUGGAGACCUGAAAUGGAUAACAAAGAGCCAUAUUUCUUCAAAUUUUCAUAUCACAGUGAUGGCUUGAUGACAGGAAAUUUUGAUGGAUGUUCCAAGGAAGGGGAAGACAAAAUUGGGGCUAUGUGCACAAUCCUGCCUCUGGAAUAUGAGGACAAGUUGGCAUACUAUAAAGAUCAUAUUGCCCAGUUACAUGACAUGAAGAACAAAAUCAGAAGGGAAACAUUAGCAGAAAGAAAAAAACUGUAUGAACUUUUCACAGCAGAAGUUUCUCGGGUAGGUGCAGCUGAUAGUACAUUCUGCAACCUUAGCCAACAGUUGGUGUCUACUUACAAAAAUGUGUAUGCAAAGAAAAUGGAUUGGUUAGAGGAGGAGGAAAGUCUACUUCAAACAGUCAACAAACUGUAUUCAAUAAGCCAGAGUGAAGCAGUUGAAAAAGCAGAGAACACAAAGCUCAAGAAUUCACAAAGAGACCAAGAGCAAAAUACAAAGUACUGCAAUGAACUUGAAGUAAUGCUUGAGAGUUACAAGAAGAAAUGCCAAGCAAUUGAAAGAACAUCACAGACCGCUAGGAGAGAAACUGAUAGACAGCAGAGUACACUGCAGGAAGACAUACAGAAACUAACAUUUGUAGUAAAACAACUUAGUAAACGGCUAAAAGAACUGGAUGUGAAAAGACAGGAGCAAGUUAAACGUUUUCAUCAUAAUAUGAACUCACUUUAUAAACGCCUGAAAGCGGUGGAACAGAGUAUACAUAAGAAUUUCACUGAAAGGUCCAAAGAUCAUGACUUACUUGACAAAGAAAUUUCAGCAGCAGCUGAGAUCAUGUUGAAGAAUGGACAGUUGCUACAAAUGGAACUGGAAGAUUUAAUUCAAGAUGUUCUUAGAAUGCAAUCUAAUGUUGAUAAAGCUAAAAUAUAAAUUGGGAAUUUAUAAUACUGUGGUGGAAAUGUGAAUGCAAUUUUAGAUGUAUUAAUUUUAUUGACAUUUUUAUGUUUAUUACUAUUUUAAUCAUCGUAAUUUUUGGGUUGUUGCUUAUAAGUUACUGAAAAGUUGUUGUCAAAUGAUCAUAU